UUUAUGAUGAGUGCUGUAAAUCUGUGAUGGCUAUAAAAAAGCUGAUAUUUUUAAAAGAAAAAAAAUUAUAAAAUCUGCAAUAAUUUUGCAACUAAUUUUACAACUCAUGGCAAUAAUGCACACCACCUAAUUAGAACCAACAUGAUGGAGUUGUAAGAUAAUAGAUCAUACCUCUAUUCCAUCCCAACCAAAUCAAACUAAGAAAUCAACCAACCAUCAUUUCUCUUAAUAUACCCCUCUAUAUAAAUACCUCAUCCUCCAUCAGAACCCUACUCCCAAAUUUCAUCAUACUGUCUGUUACAUUAUAAUCUCCCCAACUCACCCAGAAUGUCGAAGGAAGCAAAUAAUAGCUUCUCUGGAUGCUUGAACGGCGAUUUCAAGGAAGCCGGAGCAGUACCAACGGUGUCUGCCGGCAGCAUAAGUGAUCCAGCUAGUCAGCGCAGAAAAGCAGUAAUCUUGGCUCUUGGCAAGGCCUUGCCUGACCAGCUUCUUCUCCAGGAGAGCCUAGUUGAAAACUAUUUCCGCGAGACCAACUGUGAUGAUCCGGUUAUGAGAGAGAAGCUUGAGCGUUUAUGUAAGAACACGACGGUGAAGAGACGAUACACCGUCCUCUCCCACGACCUCCUCCAAAAGUAUCCGGAGCUAACAACCCAAGUAUCUCCGACCAUCCGCCAGCGCCUCGACAUCUGCAACGCCGCCGUCACCGACCUCGCCCACAAAGCCGCUAUGUCCUGCCUCGGAGACUGGGGCCGCCCCGCAGCCAAUAUAACCCACCUCGUCUACGUCUCAUCCAGCGAGCUCCGACUUCCCGGCGGUGACCUCCACCUCGCCUCCCGGCUCUCCCUCCGCCCCGAUGUCGCCCGGGUCCCCCUCUACUUCCUCGGCUGCUACGGCGGCGUCGCGGCCCUCCGCGUCGCCAAGGAUCUCGCCGAAAACAACCCCGGAAGCCGCGUACUCGUCGUCACCUCCGAGACCACCGCGAUCGGUUACCGCCCACCGAGUCGCGACCGGCCUUACGAUCUCGUGGGAGCCGCCUUGUUUGGCGAUGGCGCGGCGGCGGCGGUGGUGGGAGCGGAGAUGGAGCCGGGGGAGGAAAAGGCCGCGUUUUUGGAGAUGGAGGUGGCAGUGCAGGAGUUUUUGGAGGGAACAGCGGGGGUUGUUGACGGGAAGAUGGGGGAGCAAGGAGUGAGCUUUAAGUUGGGGAGGGAUUUGCCGGAGGUUAUCGAGGGGAGGGUUGAGAAAUUUUGUCGGCGGUUGAUACAAGGGAUGGAAAGGGAAGGCGGUGAUGGUUUUAAUGAUUUGUUCUGGGCAGUUCAUCCCGGCGGGCCGGCGAUACUGAAUCGGGUCGAGGAGAAGCUAGGACUUUGGCCUGAGAAGCUAAGGUGCAGCUGGAGAGCACUGAGUGAUUAUGGGAAUGCGAGCAGUAAUACUGUCUUUUAUGUGUUGGAUUAUAUGAGGGAGGAGAUGAGGAGGAAGAAGAACGGAGGGGAAAGAGGAGAGGAAUGGGGACUAGUGCUGGCUUUUGGGCCUGGAGUUACAUUCGAGGGCAUUUUGGUGCGCAGUCUUAUAUAGAAUCAAGUGAGUUGAAGAGGCCGCCGCCAUGGAUGAAUCUUUUAGAGCUUAAUUUAACUGAUUAGAAGAAUUAAAUGCAGUAUUAGCAUAAGCUUAGCUUUGCAAUAAGUUAUAACUCAUUCGUUGGAAUAGUAUCCA